AGAAUAGAAGCUAGUUCGAACGUUCUGCUAACGUUAAUAGCGCGGAUCAAGAAACAAGUUCACUUAACUGUACCCUGGAAAGAAGGCAGAAGUGUCAAUAGAACUACUCUAAUUGUACGCAGACGUGUGAAACACGUAUAAGAAGAUUUCGAAGCGUGAGAAAGCUCUCAGUGAUGUCCGAGCUCUGACCCGAAGAUGACAGUCGCCAAGAGACUGGAGGUUUAUUCGUUGCUCUUAGGAUUCAUCGGGGCGAUUGCGGCAUCCAAGUGUCCCGAGCCCAGGAAACCGCAUCUGACGAGCUGCACGAUUUUUUAUAACUGCGUUAAUUUACCCGGCGGUGGUUACGUCUGGGCUCCAGCUAGAUGCACUAACGGUCUGGUUUUUCAGCCGUACCUAAGGAUUUGCGUUCUGCCCGGAGACUCGUGGACUUGCGAUAUUCUGGCUACCGAACCACCGGAAACAACGACGAGAGAAAUGCCGGAGCUGAUAGAUUCGACGCUAACGAGUUAUUUGGGAUACGGCGAGGACGACGCUUCGAAAUACGGUGAGCCCGUCGACUCUUAUUACAAAUUGGACAGAUACACGGAGCCUUCCGAAACCCACUCCACGGUGACACCGUACCCGUUGAUCGAAGUCACGGCGCCUAAUUCCUACAUAAAUCAAAUCGACAGCACCAUUCAGAACAUCGGUUUACCGAUAGCGAUAAAACACAGCGAGGACAACUACCUCUACCACUUCGUCAAUGGACAACAAGUGCUUUCCACCCCCGCGAACGCUAACAGCGAACAACUUCAGACGCAUCUGCAACAUCUGAGCGAACUUUUGGAAAGAUUAACCGCCAAUCAAGGCGUCGGUAUUCCUCACGACAGACAACCACCUCUGUACGCAACCACCACCACGACGACCCCGAGAUCCGCGAUCGAUUACGCCGGCGAUUACAACGGCAACGAUUUUCUUUCGAACGGAUAUUCCAACGAGAAACAAGGCUCGGCGAUACUGAAUUUUUUGCUCAAAAAUUAUCUACAAAAAAACGAAGGGCAGAGUAACGGAGUGUUCUCGAAUUUGGGAACUAUAGCAAAACUGAGGACUGCGGAGCAGACCACUCAAAAGGCGAACGACGAGCCCCACGGGGUCCCAACGACGACGGAGCCGGUGGAUCUCGAGAUAAAAGGGCACCAGUCCGAAGAUAACAUCGUCGUGGUGAGCGACAGUUUGAAUAACAAGCAGUAUUUCACGAUCGGCAAAUACAAGAGCAUAGCUCACCAACUGCUGAGCGAAACGGUGGAACUUUUGCCCUGCACGAACGGAGUGCGACUACCGAAUUCAACGGAUUGCACAAGAUAUUACAGCUGCGAACCGAGCACGGCCAAGAUCCGGCAGUUUUCUUGCCCCGAAAAUACAGCGUUCAAUCAGUACAAGAGACUGUGCGAAACCGGCGAGUACGCUCUGUGUAAAAGUGAGGCGACAAAAACGGUUCUGAGAAUUUCCCACACGACCGUCGCUCCGAAAAUGAACGGCGAUAACGGAGAAGCUUCGAAGGAGAAUACGGAAAAUAAAAGCCCCUGCCAGACGAUCGGAAAGCACAGUGAUCCGACGUCCGAGAAACAUUAUUAUCUCUGUUUUUCGGAAAAGGAUAGAUCGAACGACAUGAAAUUCCAAAGGAUGGUUUGCCCGAAUAGUUUGAUUUUUUGCGAGGAUAAAAAUUUAUGCACAACGAGAAAACGGUGCCGCCAAUUCCAGUCCUAAGGAUAAGGUUGUUCGAUUC